AUGGCUACACCAUCUAAACUACGGUCUAUCUAUCGAUCAUUCCUCCGCGAACUACCUUCUCGGCCCCUAUCCGAAAAAUCGCGAUCUCCCCUCCAAGCACGAAUACGCAAUACAAUUGCUUCGGAGUCAAGCACUCCUAUCGAACAAGCAGAGCAAUUUCUACAAUAUGUCAAGGCGCAAAGGAUGUAUGCAACUCUGUUGGAAAGAUACAACCCAGGCAUGAACAUGGAUGAAGAAGAAAGGGUACGAUUGACUGCGAGGAGGGUUGGAAUGGAUCUUCCAGAGGAGUACUUUGCUCCGACCCCAGAAGAAACUUCUGGCGACGGUGGGAAGAAUCAAUGA